AUGUCACAACAACAACGACCAUCGCCAGCAGCAGUUUUUCUGACAAAAAUCUAUGAUAUGUUAGAUGAUUCUCAGACUGAUGACAUAAUUUGUUGGAGUUCAAAUGGAAACAGUUUUGUUGUAGGACAACAAAUUGAAUUUGCUAGGGAUUUGCUCCCUAAAUAUUUCAAACACAACAAUUUUUCAAGUUUUGUGCGUCAACUUAACACUUAUGGAUUUCGAAAAAUAGCGAGUGACAAAUGGGAAUUUGCCAAUGAGAAUUUCAAGCGAGGACAAAGAGAGCUACUGCCAGCAAUUAAGCGUCAAAAGAGCCAAUCAUAUGUGGCUAUAAGACCCGUUGGUGUCCAUAGGAGUUCAGCAUCGAAUCCCAGUCCCGAAAACAUGAGCUCAACCUCAACCGGAUCAGAAUUAAUGGAACGAAAUAUCCAGAUCUCUCACUUAACCAGUGAAAAUGAGAACUUGAAGAAGGAGAACGAGGAACUUAAGAGUCAAUUGGCUCUUGCAAAGAAGAAGUGUGACGAACUGGUUGCUUUAGUUCAUGACAAUGUCAAUGUUAGGGAUGAUGAGAUUAACUGCAUCAUUCAGCAAGGAAUAGGCGGGUCCAGCCAUGAUGCGGCGCGUUCUGAUGAUGAUGCUGCAGGCGUAGGAAAAUGUAAGGGUCAAGAGGGUGUUAAACUGUUUGGAGUUUGGGUUAAGGGUGGUGGAGAAGGGAGAGAUAAAGUGAGCAUUGAAAAUUGUGACGGUAAGCGUCAGAAAAGGGGGCAUGAAGAGACUGCUGGUAGUGAAAACAAGGAUUUCAAUAAUUGA